AUGGCACCGCAGCCCAGCCUCUAUCCCAAUUUGCACCACCUACAAGACCUCGAUAAUGCAGGCAUUCAAGACCUCCAGCAGAUCAUCCAGACAUUCCCCAUAAUAGACAACCAUGCCCACAAUCUGCUCACUGAAGACCACGCAUAUGGAAGUGCCGACUUCCCCUUCGAGUCCAUCACAUCCGAAGCACAGGGCCAUGCCCUCCUAGACCAUGUCCACUCCAGCCUACCUCAUAUGCGUGGGGUGAAACACCUGGCCGAGUUCUAUCAGUGUCCGGAAACAUUGCAAGACGUCAAAUCCGCACGCUAUGAGUGGGUGCGCAGAGACUACCCCGGCCUAAUAAAAAGAUGCUUCGAGGGCACUCACGCCAUCAUGAUGGAUGACGGUUUGGCCCCCGAGCUCAUCCAUCCCUUCAAGUGGCAUCGUCAGUUUCUGCCCACAGUCUCGAGGAUAGUGCGCAUUGAAGCCAUCGCUGCCGACCUGCUUGAGCAUCUCGCCCAUGCCGCUGGCUUCAUGAGGGUGGGUCUGGAUGCCGAUUGGCCUAUCAGCCAGACCGAGAGCUUUCUGGUGCGCUUCAACACCGUGUUCCGCAAUCAAAUCAGAACCCUUGCCAAUGAUCCGGAUGUUCGUGGCUUCAAGUCUGUCAUCUGUUACCGCACCGGGCUCGACAUCUCAACUGAGAGUCGGAAGAAUUUCCGCCCCCAACAAUCCCUCACUGAAUCGGUACUGCUACAGUCCUUCCAUGACUUCCUGCAAAGUGCUGUUCGAGACCAUAAGUAUCGUAUUCAACAAAAGGAAGUCAAUGAUUAUCUCGUCGUCGCAGUUUGUGACGUUCUGGAGAAACUCGUCGAUACCGAUGGCGAGAACGUUCCAUUCCAGUUCCAUACCGGCCUAGGUGAUACUGAUAUCAAUCUGGUCAAGGCCAACCCUGCCUAUAUGCAACCUCUGAUUGAAGCAUUUCCCAACGUGGACUUUGUCCUCCUUCAUUCCGCCUACCCAUAUACUCGGGAAGCAGGUUAUCUUGCAACCACCUACUCCAAUGCCUGGCUCGAUAUCGGGGAGGUGUUCCCUAUGUUGUCUCGGGAUGGUGAAGAGUCCGUCUUGCGCCAAGCACUCGAGCUCACCCCCAGUACCAAAAUCCUCUGGAGCACAGAUGGUCAUUUCUAUCCUGAAACGUACUGGCUAGCCAACCGCCACUUCAGGGAAUCACUCGACAGGCUCCUGACCGCCUAUGUGGCUGCUGGCGAUGUGACAGUAGCUCAAGCAAUUGACAUGGCCAUCGACAUUAUGUUUUGGAACUCCAACACAUUGUACAAGCUGGAUGAAGAACGCAAAUUCCCGGAGCUGCUCAACGCCUGUGGCAGGGCGACAGGCGAGAGCCUGCGUACCCUGGUCAACGGGAGUUCGAAGGCUCCAUCAUUUAGAUCAUAUGCUAGCACUGCCGUCGCCAUGACUGGCCCCUCUGGCCUACGUCCUUCGGGAUCUGCAUCCACAUUGCAGGCGGCCAAUGUUCACCUUGCACUGCGCUCCGGCAGUACAAGCACUGCGUCUGGGCCCAGUUCGAGUGCUGCUCUCUUCGCACAAAAUCUGACCGUCUUUGAGGCUUUUAUGCGCACAAACCCAAACGUCAAAUAUAUCUGGUACCAGUUCGUCGACUACACCGGCACGCCGCGGAUCAGAAUGGUAACCAUCCUUCAUUUCCGAAAACAGCUAUCGUCAGGAAAAUGUCCCUAUGUGACCUCCGCCUUGACCCGCCUGUUGCAGAACGACACACCUGCUACGGGUUGUUCGCCAACCGGUCAAUUCUUUCUUUUGCCCGAUCUCUCAACGCUCACCCUCAACCGAGGCAUUUCUUCACCGUCUGCAACCGUGCAGACCUGGUGGAUGGCAGACACCGAACAGGGUCCUGCUUUAGAGCAUUACGACCGAUGCCCUCGUUGGGCAUUGCAGACACAGGCCAAUGCUCUGAAAGCCGAGUUCAAUAUAACCAUUCUCUUGGGCUUCGAGAUUGAGAUCGUGUUCAUGCGCCCCAUUUUUACCGAAGAUAAAUCUGACUAUGUUGACUUCCAACCGUUGAAUUUCGUCCACUCAUGGGCUGGAAUGACCAACCAACAGCUCGACACGCUGCCCAUGAUCGAAGAAAUCGUGGAUGCUCUAGCAGAGAUCGAUAUCCACUUGCCAGAAUUUCAUGCCGAAGCUGCCCCUGGACAGUGGGAAUUUCCUCUUCCCGCCUUCGAACCUGUCAAAGCUGUUGAUGUUCUGUUCAAAACGAGAGAUGUUAUCCGGAAUGUGGCCAAGAAGUACGGUCUCAAAGCAACUUGUUAUCCUCGACCCUUCAUCUCCAGUCCUGGGAGCGCAAACCACGCACACUUCAGCGUGAACGGGCCUGGCGACACGGUCGAAAGAUGUGAAGGCUCAUUCUUGGCCGGCGUUCUGGAACAUCUUCCGGCGAUCCUGGCCUUCACCCUUCCAAUCGAAGAAUCCUAUGCGCGUGUUGGCGCUGGCAUCUGGGCUGGAGGCGAAUACGUCUGCUGGGGCACUCAGAACAAGGAAGUUCCACUACGGAAAUGUGGCCCUGGCCACUUUGAACUCAAGACUAUAGACGGCACUGGAAAUACAUACCUUGGGAUGGCAGCACUACUUGCAUCUGGCUUGCAUGGGCUCAGACAAGACCUCAAACUCGAACUCAAAGAUUGUCUAGGCGAUCCAACAGGGAUUGGCGAGGAAGAACGGCAGAAAUUGGGUAUUUCGGUGAAGAUUCCUAACUCCCUCGAAAAGAGUCUCAAGGCUUUGGACCGGGACAAGGUUUUGAGGCGCGCUCUGGGAUAUGCUAUAGUUGAUGACUAUGUCGCAACAACAGAAGGUGCCAUGCAUUUGUUGCGUGGAUUCAAUGAUGACAAGAGAAAAGUUUGGCUCAUGAGCCGCUACUGA